AAUAAUAAUAAUAAUAAUAAUAAUAAAAGAGACAAAUUGAAAGGUCUCAAGAUCCUAGCCACAAUUGAACCUCGACCUCCAGAACAGUGCUAAACAACACCGAGAUUUCCAUUACAGUAAAUUCCUAAGAAGUUUAUUAGGAAGUUGGAAGUAAGUUCCGAGGUUGGAGAGAAAGGGAACCACACAAUUAACGCGGGUUAGAGAAAUGAAGAAUCUUAAACUAAAAGAAGACAAGGUAUUACGCGUAUGACGAGCUGAUCAAUCAAAAAAGUCAGCAAAUAUAUACACCAUGAGUUUUGCUUUGAAUUCCAGAGCUCUCAAGCUCAUUCAGCCUCUGUUUGAUAAUCCAUUUUUGCAGUCAAAUCUUUUUAGCUCUCAAUCUUUCUGACUUCACUCUACAUUUCAAGCCCUGUUUGACAAUCACUUCUUGCAGUUACUUUAUUCAUUAAAGCACUUAAUCAGCUUACUCGUAGAAGAAAUGAGUGCAGAAACAAUGAGUGAUAUUCUGGAAGCAAGCAUGGAUCCUGUAAAACGUUGGCAACGGACCAGACUACUAAUUUAUAGUGCCAUGGCUUUCUAUCCUAAAACAGCGGAGAAUGAGGUUAUAAAGAACCAAGAGGAGGAGCUGUUGGAUAACCUUUUGCAGCAGCCAACAGUACCAGAGACAGUUCUCCAAGUUGAACCAGAUUGCCUUUUCAAUCUCGUCCGCGACAGAGAUGUUGAGCUGCUUCAUCAACUUGGAGGAGUCAACGGGGUUGCCUCGAUGCUGGGAUCCGAUGCCAACAAGGGUGUCCCGGGAGACAAUGGAGACAUUGAUCGUAGGAUUCAGAACUACGGUUCAAACAGACUUCACCAGCAACCCCCAAAGUUGUGGCGCGUUCUUAUCGCGACUGCUAGAGACCCCGUAGUGAUCCUGGUGACCUUUUGUGGAGUACUUGCCCUUGGUUUUGGACUAAAACAUCAUGGGAGGAAAGGAUUAUCCGAUGGGAUUAGUAUAUGUGUAGCAGCCUUUCUUGUUAUCACACUUACUGCUAUAGGCAACCUCUGGCCUAAAAGACAACUGUUUAAGUUGUCUAAAGCCAGAGAUGAUUUCAACAUCUUGGUUCGACGAAACAGUCAUCUCCUGAACAUUCCAGCCUCUAAAGCCGUAGUUGGAGAUUUUGUUGUCUUAAACACUGGGGAUCAGGUCCCUGCUGAUGGUUUGUUCAUAGAUGGCAGCCCUUUGCAGGUGGAUGAAUCAAAUGUGAGAGCUAACAUGAACUCGGUGGAAGUCGAUGGCAACCAUAACCCAUUCUUACUCUCUGGGACCAAGGUGAUCAAUGGUUCUGCCUGUAUGCUUAUUACUGCAGUAGGUAAAAACACAGCAUGGGGGGAAUUGUUGAGCUCAGAAAGUUAUCAUUCUGAUCGGAUCACUCCUUUACAAAAGAGAUUACAUGAGCUGUCCAAACUUAUCACGAUCAUUGGUUUGGUGGUUUCUUCUGUUGUUCUUCUAGUACUGCUGGUACGUUAUUUCAUUGGCAACUUGCAUGAUGAUAGAGGAAAAUCACAUUUUGUUGCAGGGAAGACAAGAUUUUGGAAAGUUUGUGGUGAUGUAACAGGUAUCCUGGCAACUCCAGUUGCCAUAGCAUCAACUGCAAUUCCGGAAGGACUGCUUCUGGCUGUCUUGAUAAGCAUUGCCUUCUCAGCCAAAAGGAUAACAGCUCAAAAGGCACAGGUAAGGAAUCUUUCCGCAUAUGAAGCAAUUGGUACCACAACUGUGGUUAUCACAGAUGAGAAGUGUAAGCUGACAUUGGACCAUUUGGCAGUAACUUCAUUCCGUUUUUGUGACUACCGUAUUGUGGAAUACCCUUCAUCAGUGAUUCCCCAAAUUGUUCUCGAACUUCUAUAUCAGGCAAUAUUUUUGUCACAUUCAGAGGCUUCAUCAAGUGGUUCACUGGAUGGUCAGAUCAGAACUGCAAUUCAGAAUUGGGGUGCUCAAGAUCUAGGCUUGGAUUUGGAACAAGUGAGGGAAAAUUAUACCAUUGACCCUUCUGAUUUGACAUAUAAUUCUGAAAACACAGGAAGUUGGAUAAAGAACAAGGUUGAUAAUAGUCUUCAUGUGCACCAGAACGGUGAAGCAGAAACCAUACUGGGAAUAUCUUCCCAUUACUAUGAUAAGAAUGGGGACAUCAAACCUAUUCCUAACAGUUUCAGAGAAAACAUGGUGAAUACAGUUCAAGAGAUGAAAUCUAAAGGCCUCUGCUGCAUUGCAUUUGCGCACAAAGGAAUCUCAGAAAAUUCUGAUGAGAAAGAUGGCAUCUUAGUCCCUGAGAUCAAAGAAGAGUGUACGGUUUUCAUAGGGGUUGCAAGCCUGAAAUUUUCAUGUCGGCCUGAAGUAAAAAAGGCAAUACAGGAUUGCAAACAAGCAGGACUUGACAUCAAAAUCAUUACAAGAAAUGAUGUUCUCACAGCAAAAGCCAUGGCCAUAGAGUGUGGUUUCCUGGAGGCUGCUAGGGACAUAUAUGCAGGAGAAGUAGUGGAUGGGCUAGAGUUUCAAAACUAUCCGGAUGAUGAGAAACUGGAGAAAUGUCAACGAAUCCGAGUGAUGGCGAGAGCCUCUACAUUGGACAAACUUUGUAUGGUCCAAUGCUUGAAAAGGAAAGGUGAAGUUGUGGCUGUUACAGGCGAUACAACAGGCGAUUCAAUUGUAUUAAAAGAAGCUGAUGUAGGUCUCUCAAUGGGAACCCAAGGGACUCAACAAGCAAAGGCAAAUUCAGAUGUUGUCGUCAUGGAUGAUAAUUUUGAAUCCUUGGCCAGAGUACUGACAUGGGGUAGAGCUAUGUAUCACAAAAUCCAGCUAUAUGCACAGUUCCAACUUACUGUCAGCAUCUCUUCCCUUGUGAUAGACUUUGUUUCAACUGUUUCUGCCAAAGAACCUCCAACUUUCAACAUGGUCACAGCCAUCUCUUCUGGAAAUGUCCCUUACGCGACGGUUCAAGUACUAUGGGUGAAGUUGAUAGUGGGUAUAUUGGCAGCAGUAGCUAUCACCGUCGAGGAGCCAGCAGAACUCAAGCUACUACCAAAAGUCAAACGUCAUCAGCCAUUCAUAACAAUCGACAUGUGGAAAAACAUAGUUGGACAAGCAGCCUAUCCCAUUGUGGUUCUGCUGACCAUACAAUUCCAGGGACAAUCAGCUUUCAAGUUAGAUUCGAAAGCAAAAGAUACCAUGAUCUUCAACAUUUUUGUUCUCUGGCAGCUUUGCCUGAUGCUGAACACCAAAGGAAUCGAUAGAAAUAUUUUUGAGGGGAUGCGCAGGAGAAAAUGGCUUGGGGUCAUAAUCGGACCGAUAAUUUUGGUGCAGAUACUGAUAGUGGAACUGCUACAUAAGUUUGCAGAUACAAAGCCACUAACUUGGCAGCAAUGGAUGGUAUGCAUUGGAAUUGCUGUCCUGACCUGGCCAAUAGGGUGGAUCAUUAAGAAGAUAAAGUGUUCUUCAGAAGCUUUUUUUCAGCAGUUUGAGUAGCUAGAAACCAGAUGAUGCUCCUUUCCAACCAAAACUAGUGAGCAUACUGGUUACACCUUUUUGUUGGAUUUUUUUCAUCAGUCUUUUUUUUCCACAUUCAAUCCUUCGGAGAUCUUACUUGAUCACAGGCCUAAUGUAGAUAUUUAAAGAAGUUUCAACAAAUCUAGCAUGAAUCAAGUUUUUAUUUUUGCUAACCGUUGAUUCAAUUUCGAUUCUUCGUUCUUCCUCUAGAAGCACAGUCACAGACGGUACUCAACAUUCUAAAACAUAGAAUUUCGACCAUAAAGCACAAAACAGAACCAUAAUAAUAGCACAUUGCUUGAUAAGUUCUACCCUCGGGUCCUUAUUAUAAGAGAUUUUGAUUUUGUCCUAAGUUUCACCAAGAAUGUUAUUUUAAUUAGAAAAAGAAAACCUUAAAAAUAUAUUUUCACAUAUGUUAUGUUUUCUUAAUUAUGAGGAAAUGUUUUUUAAGGUUUUUAUUUUAAUUAAAGAAAGACAUCCAACGUGAAAUUUAGGUUAAAUCGAAAUGCCUUAUAAUAAGGACCGGAGGAGUAUCAAUUAAAAUUCAUACCUUCCCUACAUCUCUUAGAUCUCUAUCUGACAGAGGAACCCAGUUUCAAAGCCAAGUAUCAUCAAAAUUCUACAUUGGCAAGUUAAUCAGUUCAACAACCCUAAUAGCCUCACAUCGGGACAGAUUAUCCGUUUAGAUGUAAGAAUUACUUCUACUAGUUCAAAUCUGUUUUGGGCUACGGAAGCAAAUAACUUUAGAAGCAUCAAAAUUCGUAGUAAUUAACAUGAAUGUUCUUCAAUCUAAGCUACAGAUUCACUCUAAUUCAUGCUAUGCAUUUGUUCUCAAUUCUUAUAACAGAGAAAGCCACUAACCUUGAUAUAAUCUGAGGGCGCUGACUUUUUUUUUCUGUGUGUUAUCCAUACAGGUUUCUGAAGACUAGGCAGUGAGGAAACGUUGACAUUGAGUAGGUGGUAUACAAAGUCUCGAAGAAACGAUCUGGAGCGCCCUAAUAUAUCAACGAUCUUUAAAUUUUUAGCUGACAUUUCUCAAGCGUAAAAUUAGCAAUGAAGAUCAGACGAAAAAGACUAUGAACUUGAGAUGCAAAAUAUAUUUGGAUAAAUGCCACUAACUUUGGAACAUGGGGAGCAAUGAUGAUGAUGUUAUAAGACUUCCCACAGUGCUAC